UUCACUUUCCCUUUGUGGCCACGUCACUGUUUCUAAUUACUACAGCUUCUCCACUCACAUAUAUAUAUAAAGCCCGCAAGGUGUUGCAGUGUGAUGUGAAGUGGAUAAAUAGGUACGUAAUUGCAGAGAAAAGCAUGGAGAGUAAGAGAGGAAGCUUUAGAGAAGAAAGUUUGAGGAUGGAGGUGGAAGCCAUUGAUGGGAGUAUAGAAGAAACAGUGAUAGAGCUCGGGAGUAUUGAUACACACACUCUUCUUGAUGAUGCUCACGCGCACUUCAAACACCAAACCCUACCCACCAAUUCUCUCUCCCGUCGCCAAAUGGCAUCCCUCACCGCCCUCUGCGAUACUUUAUUGCCUUCCGCCGCCGCCUUUGGUGACGACUCUGCUGCCACUUUAUAUCGGACUUCGGCUUCCAUGGCCGGAACACCUGAGCGCCUAGGGGGAGUGAUAAGCAGGAAGCUGCACCAUCCAAACACGUGGAUGCUGAAGGCCACGCUGUGGCUGCUAUCAACGUGGUUUGGGACUCUGAUCCUGUGCGGCACAGGGAGCAUGUCGUGGGUGUUCCCGUUCUUCCACAGCUUUCCAGAUCUGCCUCUGGAGCAACGCCAGCGCAUCGUGCAGAACUGGGCUCUCAGUUACUUCCGGCUCCUCCGCAUGUUCUUCCGUACCCUCAAGCUUCUCGCUCUCCUCGUCUUCUUCACUCAGUUAGAUGAAGCACAAGACAACCCAUCAUGGAAAGCAAUAGGAUACGAAGGACCUGAUCCAGAGUUCAGAGCCCAAUUGAAGAAGGAUUUUCUCCGGGCAGCAUCAAAAGAAGGAGGCAAAGAACAUAAAGACGAAGAGGACGAUGACGAUGAUACUACUGAAAACAUCAUUGGACCUCUUUACAAUGGUCUUGUCCACCUAGAUUACCCUCGACACAUCACUGCAGAUGCUCUUCGACGAUUCGGAUUCCCGGUCUCUGUCACUCGUUGGAAAUCUAAACCUGCCAGUAGUCUAUCAUCUCCUUCUUCAGUUAUCCAAUGUGAUGCGGUGGUGGUUGGAUCCGGAUCAGGCGGUGGUGUGGUCGCCGGAGUUCUGGCAAAAGCUGGUUACAAAGUUAUAGUCUUAGAGAAGGGAAGCUAUACUGCUAGGAACAAUCUUUCUCUUCUAGAAGGACCAACCAUGGAUCAAAUGUACCUCUCUAAUGGCUUGAUUGGCACUGAUGAUAUGAGUGUAUUAGUACUUGCAGGUUCCACUGUUGGUGGAGGCUCUGCAAUAAACUGGUCAGCCUGCCUUGAAACUCCAAAACAUGUUUGCAAGGAAUGGUGUGAUCAACAUGAGUUAGAGUUAUUCAAGAGCAAGCUGUACAAAGAAGCCACGAAAGCUGUCUGUGAGAAAAUGGGAGUUCAAUCUGAGAUCAAAGAAGAAGGAUUUAACAAUGCGAUAUUAAGAAGAGGGUGUGAAGAAAUGGGCUAUCCUGUGAGUAAUAUUCCUCGAAAUUCCCAACCAGAUCAUUACUGUGGCUGGUGUUGUAUGGGCUGUAAGGAUGGGAAGAAGAAGGGCACAUCAGAAACAUGGCUUGUGGACUUGGUGAAAUCCGGCAAUGGAGUGAUUCUUCCAGGUUGUGAAGCAGUAAAAGUCUUACACAAGAAAAAGAAAGGCACAGACAGGAAAGUUUCACACGGGGUGGCUUUUGAAUAUGAAUAUAAAGGAUCUAAAGAUUUCUGUGUUGUGGAAUCUAAGGUCACUAUUGUAGCUUGUGGAGCUCUCUGUACUCCGUCAUUGCUCAGAAAAAGUGGCUUAAAGAAUCCAAAUAUAGGGAAGAACUUGCAUCUUCAUCCAGUAGCAAUGGCUUGGGGACAUUUUCCAGAUUCAUCGCCUUCAUCAAACGUUUGGCCUGAAGAACAGAAGAAGAGCUAUGAAGGAGGGAUUAUGACAGCAAUGUCAACAGUAAAUGCAGACUUUGAGAAAUCUGGAUAUGGUGUGGUGAUUCAAACACCAUCACUACAUCCUGGUAUGUUCUCGAUCCUAAUGCCAUGGGUUUCUGGAACUGAUAUCAAAGAUCGAAUGCGAAAGUUCUCAAGAACAGCUCACAUAUUUGCACUAGCAAGAGAUCAAGGAUCUGGGGUUGUUCACUCACCAACCUCUAUCAGCUAUCAAAUGAAGCAAAGGGAUGAAAAGAAUCUGCAGAGAGGAAUAGAGAAAGUACUGAGAAUCCUGGCAGCAGCCGGGGCUGAAGAAAUCGGAACCCAUCACAGUAAAGGAAGGACGUUGAAGGUGAAGGAGGUGAGCUACCAUGAAUUUGAGAGAUUUGUGAAGGAAGAAAGUUCAAGGUCAUUGAGAGACCUGUCGACGCCAUUAUGUUCUGCGCAUCAGAUGGGAAGUUGCAGGAUGGGGACAAGUCCGAAGGAGUCGGUGGUGAACGAGAAUGGAGAAACAUGGGAAGUGGAAGGGCUUUACGUGGCGGACGCGAGUGUGUUUCCGACGGCUUUGGGUGUGAAUCCGAUGGUCACUAUUCAGGCGAUUUCUUACUGUACAGCACAAUCUGUACUUGAAGUUCUUCGAAGAAAAAGAUGUAAAUGAAAACAGGAAGAAGAAGAGGCAAUAAUUUGUGAUAUUUCUGUAACUUAUUUAUGGUGUUUCGGAUCAGAUAAUAUGGCUUUGUAAGAUUGCCACGUACAAAUUAUAGAAUAAAUGUGCAUGCUUUGCCGUGGGUGAAAUUGACACGUUGAAUUCACUAACAAUCACGAUGCAUGCAGUGGUUAAUAGAUUUUGGGACCAUGGCAUUUAAAGUGCAAUCAAAAUUCAUAACUUUUUUCCAUGCA